UAAAUUAAACAAGGACAAUGACAUAUCCUACUUAGAAUGCCAGCAUGUCUGAUGCCACAGCAGAACAAAGAUCAAACUGAUUUAGCCUCCAGGGAGGGUUUCGGGAGAAUCCCAUACAGUUUCUCAGCCUCAGAUAAGUGUGGGUUAAUAACUCUGCUCUUCAACAAGAUGUAUCUUAUCCUGUGGAACGCGGGUGUUUUGGGAAUUCUGAUCCCACAGGUGCUGGGCAUGAAGAUAAACUAUGAUGGUUGGAUCUAUGGAAGCCAAUCCAGCCAGAAGAUAUCAAUGUCAGAAGUGUAGUGCAUGUCAGGAUCCCAUCCGUGGCUCUGCAGCCCGUGAAAGAGGCCAUGCUUCACUGUUCACUAUCUUUUAAAAUUCUGGUUGACAACUUAUCUCAGCUAAUGGGGAAUCCAGAGGAAACUAGACCCAGAAGGCAGCGAUCUAUCUCGGAUUAUGACUAUACAAAAUAUCAUCCAAUGGAAGACAUUUACAACUGGAUCAGUCUAAUGACAAAGAAGCACAGUGACAUGGUAACAGAGCACAACCUGGGCUUAACCUACGAGUCCAGGCCUAUGAAAUAUUUGAAGAUCAGCAAGCCUUCAAAUGCAGCUAAGAAGAUUAUCUGGAUGGAUUGUGGCAUUCAUGCUCGUGAAUGGAUUGCUCCAGCCUUCUGCCAGUGGUUUGUCAAAGAGAUAAUACAGAACCACCAAAGUGAUUCCCGUAUAGAGAAAAUUCUAAAGAAUAUAGAUCUGUAUGUCUUGCCUGUUCUAAAUAUUGACGGCUACAUCUAUACCUGGACCACAGACCGACUCUGGAGAAAAUCUCGUUCAAAGCAUGAAAAUGGCACCUGUUAUGGGGUAGAUCUCAACCGUAACUUCAAUGCGAAGUGGUGUAAUUUUGGAUCAUCUACAAAUUGUUCAAGCAAUUCAUACUGUGGAGUUUCACCUGUUUCAGAACCAGAAACCAAGGCAGUAGUUGAUUUUGUGGAGAUAAGAAAAUCAGAAAUGAUUUGCUUUCUGACAAUGCACUCCUACAGUCAAUACAUCUUAACAGCAUAUGGCUAUUCUAAGGAUCUUCCAAAGAGCUAUAAUGAAACGAUAAAAGUUGCAAAAAUGGCAGCUUCAGAGCUGAAGAAAAAGCAUGGUACAGUUUAUCAAGUGGGAAGUUUUGCUAAUCUGCUGUAUGAAGCCUCCGGGACAAGUCAAGAUUGGGUUCAUGAUCUUGGAAUUGAGUUUUCUUACACUAUAGAGUUAAGAGACAAUGGUACUUACCAAUUUGUAUUGCCAGACGACCAAAUUCAACCUACAUGUGAAGAAACCAUGGAUGGUGUGAUGACAAUUAUUGAGUAUGUAAAUGACAAAAAUUUCCCAAACCAGGCAUCAUCAAGCUGUGGGAACCUUUAUCUAUAUGCUCUUCUUUCAACAUUCUUAACAAUUGUACUAUUGACAUAAAUGAUGGGCACGGCAGAUAUCUAAACAAGCCAAAAAACGAAAUACAGAAGCCACUUCAAUUUUAAUUUAAAGUAAAUAUCCAGCCAAAAUCUGGAGUAAAUAUCCAGCCAAAAUUUCAAUCCAGCACAAUAUAUUUUCCUACUAAGGUUACUUAUACAACAGGUCUUUCAACAGAUAGAAAUGGGGAUUGUAACACUUAAAAUUAACUGCUAGUGUUUGUUUUAAAGUAGAACUACCGAUGAUCAAAAUAACAACAAUAUGCCACAUGAUGUAAAAUAUGAAUUUAUCUUUAUUAAUUACUCAUGCCAAAUAUAUCUAAAAUUCACAUAACUGUGACAGAACAGACAUAACUCCAUGCAAAUCAGUGCUACCACCAUGUUACUAAGGCUCCUUUCAUACUUGCAUUUGGUGCGGAUUUGUCAUGGAUCCGCACCGAUAAUAAAACCACAUGCAUCCGUUCAGAACGGAUCCGUUUGUAUUAUCUUUAACAUCCUUCUUGAACACCAUUGAAAGUCAAUGGGGGACGGAUCCAUUUUCUAUUGUGCCAUAUUGUGUCAGUGAAAACGGAUCUGUCCCCACCAUUGACUUACAUUGUGUGUCAGGACGAAUUUAUUUGCCUCCGCAUUGUCAGGCGGACACCGAAAAGCUGCAAGCAGCGUAACAGAGGCAAACUGAUGCAUUCUGAGCGGAUCCUUAUCCAUUCAGAAUGCAUUAGGGCAAAACUGAUCCGUUUUGGACUGCUUGUGAGAGCCCUGAACGGAUCGCACAAACGGAAACCAAAACACCAGUGUCAAAGUAGCCUAAUACAAAAACACAAUACAAAAGACUAAUCUGGGCUGCAUGAGAAUAACACCUAUCUGGGUAACAAAGGGGACUCCAAUAGGAAACUAUUACACUUAAAAAACUGCAAAUUUGCAGACAUGACAAGUACAGUAUAAUAUACAGACCAAAAGAAGAGCACUGGCUACCCUGACCUGAUGUAUGUUUCACUGUUGCUACCUUCAUUUGUCCCUGAUUUUCUAUUUUGCAACCAGUACUUCUGAUUUCCAGAUAAAGCUGACUUCCAGUUUUCCUUACUCAGAAAGAAAGAAAAAAAAGCCUAAUUUAAAACCUAACUUUUAUUUAUCCUAAUAAAAAUAAUGCUCUUUAUUACAAUAUAAUAAAAAAAUCGGGGUAUUGUCUGCUAUGAUAAUUGCAAAUAGCAGACAGCGUACAGCUCCGUGCCACCAUCAGAGUACUUUGUAUUGGCUUUAUUAUGGUCCAGAUUGGCCUCUGAAUGGAUUAAUCCCUGCACAUUGACUCCUGGUGAGAUAUGGUUUCAGAAACGCAUAGGAUCAUUUAAUUUUGGGGACAGCUAGUUAUCAGAGAGAGUAAGGGUUAGCCAGUUACUAUCCCACCUAAUGGAUUGUGGAUGCAUACCCAGCACACUGUCUUAUCCCUAGUCUAAUAGCUGCCUUGUAAUAGAUACAGUGUACCCAGCACAAAGACUCAUUGGUCAUACUCUUAAGCAUUAAAGGGGUUGUCUAACUUGAG